AUGCGUCGGCCGUACUACAUCCCGCUGUACAACGAGGUGGACAUCCAACUGGGGGCAUGCCUGCUGGCCAUCCUGCUCGUCGGGUCGUCAUCGUACUCGGAGCGGUCAUCACAGAGCAAGGGCAUCGAGGCGUUCCUGGUGGUGGCGACGGUGUCAGCAAUUGUGGUCCUGAUUGUAGUGGCGAUCCGGGCGGUCACGGUCGACAUCCUCAUCAUCCGGCGCGAGCGCGAGGACAUGUACCUGACUGCCGAGAAGCGGCAGCAACAGGUUGCGGGCCUCAUCACCGACGAGCUGCAGGACAUCGAGGCUGAUGCCAACCUGUUGCUCGCCGCAGGGGAGUUCCUCGAGAUACUUGAGGACACAGUGCAAGCGCGCGCGACCGGCCCGCGACGCCAGGCCGGGCGGCGCAACUCGGUGGCGCUUCUGCCGAUGCUCGGCAGUGUCGAGAUAGACACGCUCAAUACCGAUGACGAGUGCACUGCGGACACUGGUCAAAGGGUGUUUGUCACGCCCAUGAUUCCGUUGGACGGCGCCGACAUGGGCGUGUCAUCGUCGUCGUCGUCGUCAUCGUCGUCGUCGUCGCUGUCGGGUGAGGUUGAGUUCUCGUGA